GUCUUCGCGGGAUUUAUUUUCCAAACGCUGCCCUUUCCCCAGCCUUCGGGAGGCGCCCGUCCACCCGGGACGUGCAUGGCGUGGCGGUGGGUACACGGUGUGUUCCGUGUUGAAGGCUCAGCUGUUCCGCCUGCGAUGAUUUAAGCACGCAAGACAAGUAUGCGGUUUGUCCAGCCGCGCGCUGCGCCGGAGGAGCAGCGGAGAAAGGCAGCGGGUUUGAGCGGGAGCAAAAGAAAAUGGUAGGCGCGCGCAGUUAAUUCAUGCUGCGCUCUGACUGUUUACAUCCGAUCGCUCGGCGCACUGGAGUGCCAGGCAGAAAGGGCCGAGUCUCCUCCCAACCUCCCCCCCACCCACCCCCGCCCAGCCAGUCCUCCGCAGAAGCGCCCCUCCCCGGCUCCCAAAGCGGAGGGCGGGGGAGAGAGAAAAAAGAUCCUCUCUCGCGAAUCCCCGCCCACCGGCCCUUUAUAUGCGAGGGUCUGCGCGGUCGAGGACCCCCGAGCUGCGCUCUCCCCGCCGCAGCUGCCGCCGCCGGCGUCGCGCCCCGGCUGCUGCCUGGCGCCCUGCCGGCUUCGGGAAGGGCAGGGCUAUUCAGGGGCUUGGCGGGAAAAAGAGAACAGAGGGAGGGAUCGUGCCUAGCUCUGUAUAAAAGCCGGUUCUUGGGGCUUUAUCUGACUCUCUGUAGUAAUCCUAGCAAGAGGCAGAGGGAGCGAGCGGGCGCGCCCGCCUGGGUAGAAGAGCAGAGCGAGGCGAGCGAGCCGAGUCGCGCUCCGGGCGCCCGGGGAAGGGAGAUCCGGAGUGAAAGGGUGCUUCGCCUCCGGCCCACCCCACCCUGCCCGCCGCCCCCUGCCAGCGGUGCGCAACCCCCCGCCGCACCCGCUAAACUUUGCCGGUUGCGGCGGGCGGACACUGUUCCCUGGAACUUACAACACCCGAGCAAGAACGCGACUCUCCGGUCCGCCUAUUUGGGGAAACACUUCUCCCCUACGCUGCCCGGGACCCGCUCCUCUGAAAGGGCGCUCCUCGCCGCUUUUCGGACGCUGGAUUUCCUUCGGAUAGUGGAAAACCCGGCUGCCGCGAUGCCCCUCAACGUCAGCUUCGCCAACAGGAACUAUGACCUCGACUACGACUCGGUGCAGCCCUAUUUCUACUGCGACGAGGAGGAGAACUUCUACCAGCAGCAGCAGCAGAGCGAGCUGCAGCCGCCGGCGCCCAGCGAGGAUAUCUGGAAGAAAUUCGAGCUGCUGCCCACCCCGCCGCUGUCCCCGAGCCGCCGCUCGGGGCUCUGCUCGCCCUCCUACGUCGCCUUCGCGUCCUUCUCCCCCCGGGGGGACGACGACGGCGGCGGCGGCAGCUUUUCCACGGCCGACCAGUUGGAGAUGGUGACCGAGCUGCUGGGAGGAGACAUGGUGAAUCAGAGCUUCAUCUGCGACCCGGACGACGAGACCUUCAUCAAAAACAUCAUCAUCCAGGACUGCAUGUGGAGCGGCUUCUCGGCCGCCGCCAAGCUCGUCUCGGAGAAGCUGGCCUCCUACCAGGCUGCGCGCAAAGACAGCGGCAGCCCGAGCCCCGCCCGCGGGCCCGGAGGCUGCCCCACCUCCAGCUUGUACCUGCAGGACCUGACCGCCGCCGCCUCCGAGUGCAUCGACCCCUCCGUGGUCUUCCCCUACCCGCUCAACGACAGCAGCUCGCCCAAGCCCUGCGCCUCCCCCGACUCCGCCGCCUUCUCUCCGUCCUCGGACUCUCUGCUCUCCUCGGCGGAGUCCUCCCCGCGGGCCAGCCCCGAGCCCCUGGCGCUCCACGAGGAGACACCGCCCACCACCAGCAGCGACUCUGAGGAAGAACAAGAGGAAGAAGAAGAAAUUGAUGUCGUUUCUGUGGAGAAAAGGCAGCCCCCUGCCAAAAGGUCGGAAUCGGGGUCACCCUCUGCCGGAGGCCACAGCAAACCUCCUCACAGCCCGCUGGUCCUUAAGAGAUGCCACGUGCCCACCCAUCAGCACAAUUACGCAGCGCCCCCCUCCACUAGGAAGGACUACCCAGCCGCCAAGAGGGCUAAGUUGGACAGUGGCAGGGUCCUGAAACAGAUCAGCAACAACCGCAAAUGUAUCAGCCCCAGGUCUUCGGACACGGAGGAGAACGACAAGAGGCGGACGCACAACGUCUUGGAACGCCAGAGGAGAAACGAGCUGAAACGGAGCUUUUUUGCCCUGCGCGACCAGAUCCCAGAGUUGGAAAACAACGAAAAGGCCCCCAAGGUGGUUAUCCUUAAAAAAGCCACCGCGUACAUCCUGUCCGUCCAAGCAGGGGAGCAAAAGCUCAUUUCGGAAAAGGACCUGUUGAGGAAGCGACGAGAACAGUUGAAACACAAACUUGAACAGCUAAGGAACUCUUGUGCAUAAGUCCACCUAUUAGAGGGAGGAACUGGAGUUGCUCGUGAAUUCUCACUUGUUACUAAGGGAAAGUAAGGAAAAAGCUUCCUUCUCACAGAACUGUAGCAACUCCUCAUAUCUGAACUUGUUUCAAAUGCAUGGUCAAGUGCAACCUCACAACCUUGGCUGGGUCUUAGGAUUGAAAGGUUUAGCCAUAAUGUAAACUGCCUCAAAUGGAAUUUUGGGCAUAAAAGAACAUUUUUUUAUGCUUGCCAUCUUUUUGUUUGUUUGUUUUCCUUUAACAGAUUUGUAUUUAAGAAUUGUUUUUAAAAAAUGUGUCAAGUUUACCCCGUUUUCCUGUGUAAAUAUGGCCAUUAAAUGUAAAUAACUUUAAUAAAACGUUUAUAGCAGUUAUACAAGAAUUCAAACCAUGUAUUAUAAACCAUAAUUUUUUUUAUUUAAGUACAUUUUCCUUUUUAAAGUUGAUUUUUUCUAUUGUUUUUAGAAAAAAUAAAAUACGUGGCAAAUAUAUAAUUGAGCCAAAUCUUAA